AUGCUCACCAGUCCUUUAAACCUGCCCAAGUGGCUCGAAGAGAACUCUCAUCUCUUGAAGCCUCCCAUUAACAAUUACUGCGUGUACAAUAAAGAUGUGACGGUCAUGAUCGUAGGAGGCCCCAAUGCACGAACCGACUAUCACAUAAACGAGACCGCAGAAUGGUUCUACCAAUACAAGGGAGCUAUGAUGUUGAAAGUGGUAGAUGAAGGCGAAUUUAGGGAUAUUAUCAUUGGGGAAGGAGAAAUGUUUCUAUUGCCACCAAAUACGCCGCAUAAUCCUGUUCGAUUCGCAAAUACAGUGGGCAUUGUACUAGAGCAACCAAGACCAGAGGGUUCGUUAGAUAGGUUGAGGUGGUAUUGCACAAACUGCCGCGCGGUCGUGGAGGAAGCAGCUUUCCAUUGUACAGACUUGGGCACGCAAAUCAAGGAAGCUGUGAAUAGCUUCAAGGAAAGUGAGGACAGGAGGAAAUGUAAGAAAUGCGGGACAGUUGCGGAAUCAGCGCCCCCGGUAGGAUCUAUCAAGGACCCAAAUAUCGCUUGA